AUGACAGAAAAUAUGGAUAUAAGUAUUCUAAAAUUAAAAUUAAAUUCAGCAAAAAGACGUAAAUUGGCAAACGAAAGGAAAGAAUUCACUUUACGCAAUGAACAACAAUCGCUUUCCGAACAAAUUUCCCUACUGUCUUUGGAAUCAGAAUCAUUAAGUCUUCAAAUAGAAGAUUUAAAACAGAAAAUCAUUCAAAGUAAAUAUCAAAUCGCUAUGAUAGACAUCUGUGCUGCAUCCGAAAAAGCAAAACUGGAGAACUAUAGUAAGGUCAUCCAAAUCCGCAAGGAAAGUUUUGAUCAACUGUUUGCUAAUGGUAAUUAUAAGAUAAAACAACAUAACGCAAAAAACGAAAAAUUAAGAACAAAACUAGCCGAGGCUGAGGAAGCGCAAAGAAAAAAAGAAGCGAAUAUUCUAGAAAGAAACGAAAUGAAAACUAAAGAAGCUGUUGCUAUUGAAGAAGAAUGCGUUGCAAUAGAAAAAGAGUGUAGCGUGCUUGUGAAAAGAAACAAAGCCAUUAUGAUACAGCUGAGACGCAAGCUUGUUGAAGCUGAGAAUAUUCGGCGGGAACUCAUUAAGAAAAAGGAGAACGCUAUCAUAGAUAACAAAUAAAUAUGGUGGA